AUAAAUUUCUGCUUCGGCUCUCUGAGCUGUAAAUUCGGAAAUUCUAGAAAUAUGACACAAAUAGAUUUUGUUCAACUGCAAGAUUUAUUUAAAGAGAAUAGUAAUGUUGAACUAAUUUACUACUGGUACGAGAUACUUUCUAAGUAUGAUCCAAAACAGAACGAAUCAACAGAUCAUUUUAUCCAAAUUAUUAAAGCGAUGAAGUUUAUUAUGGAUUACAAACAUGCGAAAGCGGAGGAGCUGAAAGAAAUGGUGGAAAAUGAAGCAGCCGAAUUAGCAGAAAAACAAGUAGUUUGGGAGAGAGAAAGAGAAAACAUAAUGCAUGAACUCAGCUUCUUACGCGGACGAAUAACUCCCAACCCUGAAAUUGCUAGUCUUAAUGAAACAUUCCGCUUACAAAUCAACAAUUUACAUGAAGAAAAUGUUUAUUUAAACGAACGGAACAAAGAACGAGAUCGGGAAGUGGCCAAUCAAAAUAAUAAAAUAGAAAUGUUAAAUUCUCAAAUACAACAACUCGAGAAAGAACGUACCUCACUCAUUCAACAAGUAGGUCACUACACUUCCAGCUGUGAAUUGUUUGAAAGUCUAGUAAUGUAUAAUUUACAGCAAACUGUUCUCGAUGAUACCAUACGAGAAUUGAACAGACGAUUUGAAGAUAAAGCAGUCGAGAUGUUAACAAGCAACGAAGCUGAAUCAAUCAAGUUACGCAAACGAACAGAGCAAGCAGUACAAUUAUCUAAGCAACUUCAUGAAGUUGUUCAACAAAAUGACGAGCUGAGAGCGGAAAUUGAACAACUUUCAGAAGCUUUAAUAUCAGCUACGAAAUUUAUUGAAGACACUACAGGUAGCUACGAAGAUAUGCGUAAACAAUUACGUGAAAGUGAUAAAAUAAUUGAACGACUCACUAAUGAUAACGAGUUACUUACUGAAAUGAAUCGAGUGAGUUUAUCAAUCGCGAUUGUUGCAAUUCGUACUGUUGAAAAAAACUACUUUCAGGAUUUACUGCGCAACAAAAAUGAACAAAUCAAAGCUCUGGAACAGAAAUUCGAAGCACUGCAGACUGAACUAGAAAGUCUGCAAAGUGAAUACUUGCAAGCAAGCAAUAUCGAACGUGAAAAAGAAAUUAAAGAAUUACGAUUGGAACUUGUUAAAGCUACACAAAUAGCACGAGAUCUCUUCGACACCUCAAGAAAAGAUGGUAAUCAGUCGAGCGUUAAAAUGCAGCAGAAAAUCAAUGAACUUAAUGAAUUAGUCAACGUCUUAAAGGCAGAGAUCACACAGUAUGAGAUGAACAACAGUGAACUAAUUGAAAGUAUCGAGGUGAAGGAUGCUGAGAAUCUGAAAGUUAACGCUGAAUUAAAAAAACUUCGAACGGCAGUAUAUGGAAAUUCGGAACCUGAAAUUGCUCAUCUGGAAAAGCAGUUGAGCUUUCGAGAAAAACAAAUUGAAAAAUUAACAACGAGAUGUUCAAUGUUGCAAAUUGAACUCAGCAAUAAACAUUUUCAUACAGAAAUCGCCCAGAAAUCGUCAGAGAAUGCUAAUUUUUCAUUGAAUUGUGGAUCAGAACGAACAGUAAUAGAAGAAGACGCGAAAAUUGAAGGAAAUGAAAAGGAACUCAAAAAAUGUGCACGAGACCAAAAGAAGAAAUGUCCUGAUCAAAUGUCAAAAGAUCAGAGAAACUUUUGCGAUUACGCAAAAAAAGAUGAAGAAUCAAGUAAAAUAUUGAACAUGAGGGAAGACAAAAAAGAAGAAUGUGAACGAAGCAGAGAUGGAUUAGACAACUGCUUGCAAAGUUGGGAAGCUAGUGCGAUGAUUAUUUCAUCGCUAAAUCGAGAAUUAAUGCUUCUAAUUCAGGAAUUGCACGAAAAAGAUGAGCAACUGAAAGCUAUGGAUAAAUGUAGUCAGAAAGCAGUAAACAGCAUCGAUGAACUGAAAAUAAGAUACUUCAAGCUACAAAAAGAAGUGGCUGAGUACGAAAACCCAAAACAAAGCAAAGUGAUCGAACAAAUUGUAGAGAAAAUGCAUGCGUGCGAGAUAGAAAUAGAGGAGUACAAAAAAAUGGCCGAGUAUAUGAAAUUAAGUGGAAACGUAAUAGAGCAGAAAAUGGAAGAAAUGAACCGACAAGUAGUUGCAGAACGAUUGCGGAAUCUUCGGCUUGUACACAAAUUGCAAAUUAUUGAACGCAACCGGAAAAAGGAAAGCUUAGAAUUUAAAAGGCUGCAAAAGAAUCAUGAAGAACAACGACUCUUACAUGCAAAGCAACUCAAAACAGCUAAUUAUGAAUCGGACUUGGCAAUGAUUGAAAUAGCGAGCCUUCAGAUAUUGCUUUUACAUUCUGUACCAAAGCAAACUUAUGACGAACUUUUAUCACAACAUAAACGAUUACUCAUUUUUGGUGACGCUAGCGCAAAAACGGACAGUUUGAUAAAUAAUGAAACAGUGUAUGAAGACGAAAGUGAAGAACUGAAAGUGGAAAAUAGUCAUCUUAAGGCAAUGAUAGAUGUCUUAACAAGCCAAAAUGAGUAUUGGCAAAAAGAAGUGGAAAAGUUUCGAGAGCAAAUGGAUGAAAUGCGAGAUUUUCUAGAAGAUGUCGAGAGUGAAUCUCAGGUAAAAAGUUUAUUAGUUGCCCUAGAGCAACGAUUUCUGAAGGCUCUAUCGGAUCGGACAGAAUUCGACCAGAAUCGCGCUUAUGAGAACCAGCAAUAUCUUCAACUUCAAAAUGAAUUUAACAGAAAACGACGAAGUUGGGCUCACCAAAGAAAAAAGCUCGUUCAAGUCGUUAGAGCGUUGCAGUCAAUACUUCAGUGCCAAAGUUUAUUGCAGCGAAUGCGGUCAAAUUCAAUAGAUUCAAUAACAGUACAACAGUUUCUGGACUAUAAAGAAAAAAUCGAACAAAUAAAAAGGAAUCAUGCAGAAAGUGAACAAUAUAAAGAAAAGGUCAGUCUGAGCUCUUGCAAAACUUUCAUAAAGAAAGAAAAAGAAGAACUGGACUUGCAAUUACGACAUGUUGAAGCUCUGCGAAACAGUUACGAAUCAGUUCAUGAAAAUGAUUACAACUUGAUUCGACUACAAAAAAAUUUACAAGCUAAUAUGUUGAAUGUAAUAAAUGUAACAACACAACUCGAACAUGCUGAAUUGCAGAUUAAAAAGAAGGAUGCACAAAUUCAACAGUUAUCGGAAAUGGUGGAAACUUUACAAAAUGAAGUCAAUGAUUUAUCCAUAGCGAAUUUCAAUGUAUCCGGAUUUGAUGAUGAACUAAAUGAACAGAUAUGGAAAUUAGCUGAUCCCACUCUUUUAAUAAGCAAGAAAGUAGAAGAAAAAUUUGAAUUGAAAAAACCGAUCACUGAAGACCUUAGUAAGGAUGAGAUUGAGUUGACGAAUGAAAAAACAAAACAAACGACAAGCGAUGAAGUGGCAAAAGAUUAUAUCGAUAAUGAUUUCGACGUCAAUUAUCAGAAAGAUAUAGUUGAAUUGGUUUCAUCUGACGCAGCUACAGAAAAUGGAAAAAUCACUUACUCUAGUGAAUAUAUUAAGAAGUUGAAUUAUAUCCGUGAGACGGCUAAAUUAUGCGUUGCAAAUUACAAAGAACAAUUGAAAUACAAGGAUGAGGUCAUUAAGAAGUACAAAGGGUUACUGCAAAGUGCUGCAGAAAAAGUCAAUGACAGACAAAUGAUUCACAUUUGGAAGGAAAUCGAAAAUCCAACAUUGCGGAAUGAUGUCGAAGAGUUAAGUAAAGUUAGUCAAAAGUUCUUAACUCAGAGUGUACAACAGUUGCAAAAGGAACAAGCAGAUGCAUGCAGUCAAACCGAUUUUUCCUGGAUGCAAGAUCAGGAUAUCUUUAAGAUUUCGGAAGAUGAGAGGAAAUCAAUGCUGCAUAAAAAAGAACUGGAUGCAAGUAAAAAAAAUGAAGGAGUUCAAGUAAAGUUUUGCUGUUCUUGUCCGAUUAUUUAUUCUGCAAAAAUUCCGCAAAGGAUAACAAACGAAGUGCAAAAUGAUACGCUGAUGGAAACAUUACGACGUGAGCAAUUAACACUGACGGAAAUGCGAAUGGAAAUGAAAGAAAUGAAACAGCGAAUUACUGCGCUGACUGCUAGAAAUAACGAGUUGGAACAAGCAUGCGAAAGUAUUCGCGCUGAAGCAUUGGCAGAAAUCAAGGAGAGCUAUACGACGAAUAAUUACUCGAAAUCAGGAGAUGAUAUGUUGAGGUUUGAGGAGACACUUUCUGUUCUUCGAGUUGAGUCUGAGAAUCAUAAAAAAGUGAUCAGACAGCAAAAUGAAGUCAUUGACCGCUUGCAGAAAACACAGCCAAUUAGAAACUCUGAGAAGGAAGUGGCCAGAUGGCGUGAAAAGAAAGCUCAAGAAGGAAAGUUGAAUUCAUUGCGGCAAAGGGUAAAAGAAAUGCAGGUGCGAGAAGAAGAAAUGAAGGAAAAAGUAAGGAAAAAUGAGAUUCAAGUGGAAGAACUUCUCAAAGCUGAAAGUGUUAGAAGUAAUGAGAUUCAGCGACUAACAGCAAUAAUGAAAAAAUUGAAAAAUGACAAAGAAAUGAGCGAUUUGCAACAAAAAAUCUGCAACGAUCGUUUAAAAUCCGUCCAAGAAAUGAACAAUUAUUUGAAUAAAAGAAUCGCUCAGUUGAAAACAACAUUUCCACUUCCAUAUCCUUCUGUAACACUGGAGAAGAGAAUGGAUAAUUUGGAAGCACCGAUUCAAAUUGACGCGUAUGCAGUGAAGAUAAAAGGGGAUAUAUGCGAAGAAGAAUUGGAUGAACUGCGUAACAAAGCUAAAGAAUGUGAUGAGUUGUUGAAACGAUUAACCGUAAAAGAGAUGGAAAUUGAGGAGUAUCGAGAAGAAAUACAAAUACUGCAGAACAAAGUUAAUCAGCGAAAAUAUGACUGUGGUGCCGUAGCCGUCCUCCGUGACAAACUUAUGGCAAAGGAAAAAUUCAUCCAGCAACAACAACAGCGAAUCGAUGAGUUGGAACGCGAAAAAUGGCAGAAUUCAUUAUAG